AUGGAUCGGCAGCGCGAUUCCACCGUCUCGGGCUACACAAACGGCACGGCGUCGACGGAUUCGGAAGCGGGCCGGCCUUCCAACGAGAGCACCGGCAAUGCCCGAGGCGGCAAGGAGGCCACGGACAAGCUGUCGGCUCACCAGUUCAUCUACCUCUUCCUCCUCGACGGGCUCGGCGCCCUCGUCCUUUCUGGUGGCAUCAACUUUGCCAUCGCCUACGCAAUGUACACGACGCAGAAUCUCACCAAGAACCCAAUCCGUCUCUUCCAGCUGCGAAACACCCUCGCCGGCGACGCGGCCCUGUCGAUUGUCCUCCAGUGCGUCAUCACGUGGCUCCUCGAAGCACUUCUCGUGAACCGCGACUUGCGCAAGGGCGGGAUCCGGCCGAUCGGCUUCGUCGCCGAGCCGACGAGCGCAUCUCUCCGCUGGCUCCUGAUGCUUGACAGCGAGAAGCCGAGCUCGGGCGGCGAGAAGCCGUCGAAGCGCGCGAGCGUCAAGCGAGGCGCGGCGUCGCUGCUGCAGCAGGCGCCGCGGGUGUUCGUCAUCAUCCUGGCCAGUUUCGCGCUCUGCUGGCCGGCGUCUGUUGGCAUCUUGCUCGCCGUGGGCGAGAAAAGGGGCGGCGACUGGUUCUUCGAGGCGACGUGGACGCCGCAGAUCUUCAAAGGGGUGCUGGGUGGCGUCUUGGCGCUGCUGACGACGCCGUUGAUGGCGGGCUAUUGGCUCGUCAGGGAAGGCUGGAGGUUGAAGCGGGGAGGCGCACUGCUGACAUGA